UGAUACCGCCAUCUUUCUUUUUUAGCAUUUAGUCUACGGGAGGGCUCUCUUUAGCACGAGCAGGCGCUGAAUGAAUUAAAACCACUUUUGCAGGCUGAAAGGAGCGAAAACGAGCACGGCUUAAACAAAACGCCGAAAGGUUAUUUUAGUUGAUUUGGGGCACUUGUUUCGGGAGGGUCCCUUAUUGUUUUACUUCGGCUUUCGGAGUAUUUUCCAAGUAGUGAAUUUUGGGCUUUUUUCACACUUUAACGCUUUUUGUGUGUGUGAUGGCGACUGUUACCCCUAUGCGUUCUGCCGGGACUCCCCGGACAAGCAGCGCUAGCACCCCACUAUCCCCGACCCGCAUCACCCGGCUGCAGGAGAAAGAGGAGCUCCGGCACCUCAACGACCGUCUGGCCGUUUACAUCGACCGUGUGCGGGCUCUGGAACUGGAGAAUGACCGGCUCAUGGUGAAGGUGUCCGAGAAGGAGGAGGUGACAACACGCGAGCUCACUGGAGUGAAGACAUUGUACGAGGCAGAGCUUGCUGAUGCCCGGCGUGUUCUGGAUGACACGGCAAAAGAUAGAGCUAAGCUGCAGAUUGAUUUUGGGAAGGUCCGUGCUGAGCUUGAUGAGCUGAAGAAGAACUAUAAAAAAAAGGAAGGGGACUUGGCUGCAGCUCUGGCCCGCAACAGGGAGUUAGAGGCUUUGUAUAACAAAAGUGAAGCCAGCCUCAAUACUGCUCUAAGUGAAAACCGUAAUCUAGAAGCAGAAGUUGCUGACCUGAAAGCUCAGCUGGCCAAGGCCGAAGAAGCCCACAGUGUUGCCAAAGCGCAGCUGGAAGCUGAAACACUGAAAAGAGUAGACCUGGAAAACCGUUGCCAGAGCCAGUCGGAGGAGAUAGAUUUCAGAAAGAGCCUGUUUGAGGAGGAAGUGAGGGAGACACGUAGACGUCAUGAAAAGAGGCUUGUGGAGGUGGACAGUGGAAGACAGCAAGAAUAUGAAUUUAAGCUUGCUGAAGCUCUGCAGGAUCUAAGAAGGCAGCAUGAUGAACAAGUGGCAAUUUACAAACAGGAGCUGGAGAACACCUUCCAGUCCAAGUUGGAGAAUGCAAAGAUUUCUUCAGACCUCAAUGAUAAAGCUGUCAACACAGCACGUGAAGAACUGCAUGAGGCUCACAUGAGGAUUGAAAGUCUAGGAUAUCAGCUGUCUGCCUUGCAAAAACAGGCCAGUACUGCAGAAGAGCGAAUUCGUGAGCUGGAGGAUUUGCUUGCCAGUGACAGAGACAAGUACCGCCGUAUGAUAGAUGCUAAAGAGAGAGAGAUGGCAGAGAUGAGGGACCAGAUGCAGCAGCAGCUCAAUGAAUACCAGGAGCUGUUGGAUGUGAAGCUGGCUCUUGAUAUGGAGAUAAAUGCCUACAGAAAACUUUUAGAAGGAGAGGAGCACAGGCUGAAGCUGUCUCCAUCUCCAUCUUCACGUGUGACUGUUUCCCGUGCCACCUCUAGCAGUGUUGGUAGUGCUAUGACACGCUCUUCACGUACAAAGAGAAAGCGAGUUGAAAUGGAGGAGUCACUAGUUGGAGGCCAGAGCAGAAGCAGUAGUAGCAGCAAAGUUCACAUUUCUCAGAAAGCUGAGGCUUCUGGAAGCAUCAGCAUUGAGGAGAUUGACCUUGAGGGUAAAUCUGUGCAACUGAAGAACAAUUCUGACAAGGACCAAUCUCUUGGAAACUGGCGACUAAAGCGACAAAUUGGAGAAGGAGAAGAGAUCUCCUACAAAUUUACUCCUAAGUAUGUUCUCAAGGCUGGGCAGACUGUUACGAUCUGGAGUGCUGAUGCUGGUGUGUCUCACAGCCCUCCUUCAGACCUACUAUGGAAGAAUCAGAGUUCCUGGGGCAGUUCUGAUAACUCUAGGACAUUCCUUGUAAAUUCUGAUGGCGAGGAAGUUGCAUCAAGGACGGUAAUUAAGACUCUAGUAGAAGUUGAAAAUGGAGAUGAUGAUGAAGCAGAUUUUGGAGAAGAAGAUCUUUUCCAUCAACAGGGGGACCCAAAAACAGCAUCCCGGGAAUGUUCGAUCAUGUGAAAAAAAAGAGAGCUUCAGUAUUUUUUGCUUUUUUUUUUUUCUUCUUCUUCCAGAGCCACUAAAAUAUUUUUGUACAUUUCAAUGUUUUCAACAAAUCUGAAUAUCUUUUCGUAGCUUGAAAAAGAUGUUGAAAGCUGCCAUAUUUGUAGUUGGAUUAUAUGAGUCAGCUUUAUUUUGGGCUACUGAACACUAUUUUAACUUAUUUCUAUUUUUUUUAAUUGGGCUUUAUAAAUUACACAUGCACAUGCAGUUAAUUCACUGGAGCUUAGAGUGUAAGGUGCAGAUUUUGACUCAAAUUAAAAAUGAAAUUGCUAUACUAUUGCUUUCUGCAAAGAACUAAAACCAAUCACUGAAACUUUGAUUUUCUAUUUGCUGGCAUUUUUAAAAUACCUAAUAAUGAUAAACACUGAGAAGUUAAAAAGCAUUCAUUUUGUAUUAAAAAAUGAUGCAAAUGUUGCCUUUAUUUCUUACAGAAGUAAAAAAAAAAGUGACUUGAAACAUUCACAUUUUAGGUAAUUUCAUGAUUUAAAGCUGAAUUUUGAAAAUGACUCUGAGUAGGUGGUGCCAUUGUUUUAAAGUAUUAAAAGAAAGCAUAUGGUAACUGUAUUUAUUAAUGCUUAGGCUAGAUGAAAAUGUCCAGCCUUACAGAUUUGAAUUCUAAUCAGCUUUAAAGCAACAUCCCUUUACUUAAGUAACCUUACUCUUAAAAUGUUAUUUUUUAAUUGCACCCAAAGAAAAUUUUAAGUGUAGUGUUUUUAAAUACUUUCAUUGUACAUGCUGAUAGUUUUAUAGUUUGACUAAAGUGGGAAAGGAUAAAUUCUGUACCACUUGUAAAAUGUUAUUUUUAUCAUAAAAUAGACUCCCAUCUGACAUCUGCUACUUACCAUCUCUUUAAGCUCUAGAAAUUUUUGAAAGUGAAUUAUGGGAGGUACAAACUGUGCAUCUCUUAAAACAAAAAAGGAAGUGGCUAAUGGAAGGUCUUUCUUUUUCCUUACUGAAAACUGUAUAAAAUGUUACUGACAAGUUGACCUAUAGGCAGUAAGAGUAGUGAUGAUAGUUGGAAUGGCUUUGCAGUUUUAAGUAAACAGGGUGGAAAAUGAGAACGUUGAAAGGCUGUUUGGGAAUGAUAAAAGAAAAUGGGAGUUUAAAUUGCAUCAUGAUCAGUUGUUUUACUGUAAAAUAUGAACUGUAGUAUACUAAAAGUAAGCAGUUUGUUGCGGCUUAGUGUAUUUCUUGCAAAGAAGUCCUACUUUCCAUAUAACUCCUAUUUUGUAACUGACCACCAGCUUAAAUUUAAAGUUGCACCAAAGCUCAAUUUUAAUGAAGGUAUUUUUUUUUUUUUUUUAAAUAAUAACUUUGGUUUGUAAGUAAAACAUAUGGAGCAAUACAGACUGUGGUCAAUUCCAGUUUUUUGUGUUGUAACAGUAAACAUAGUAACAAUGUUCACACAUUCACCUCUGUCUUUCUAGCUGGAUCAAAUGACAUACGAGUUUUAGGUGGGAUUUGAAAUGCACAACAAUCUGCCGCCUGCCUGCUACAGUUUUGUAAUAGCCGUUGUGGCCUGUAGACUACAAGGAUGCUGAUUAACCUGUCAUGGCUUGCAUUGCAGCCAUAUGACAAAAAUAUGAACUGAAAAAUCACUUUUUGUGAAAGUGCCAACAGAAUAAUCCAUAUUUAAAAAAAAAAACUAUAUGCCAUUUUAAAAGUGCGGUGUUAUUGUAUAAUGCACAUCAGAAUGGUAAAAUCUGGGUUUGGGUUGUGCCCUCUCCUGUGACAUCCCACUGGUAUUACCCUCUCCAUGUAGGUGUAACUUCAUAUUUGUGUCUUUUGUUUUUAUUGAACUUCCCUAAACAAUUUCUCUGAGCUUGAUUUGAUUUAUGUGCCAAGAGAUACACAGUAGUUCUACUACGUCUUAGUCCUGUGAUACAUAAGUGCAUGUUAACAGAUGAUAGGCGUAUUACCUGCCUCUUUAAUAAUUAAGAGACAGCAAAAAUAAUACUGUCUCAUCCACAGCCAGCUAAAAUAACCCUAAUACUAUCACAUAGUUGGCACCAGUUGUGUUCAUGAUUUUUCAAAACUUUAGUUUUAAAUUUGAUUUUCUUCUUCAAUCAACAAAUCAGUUGAAUCCCAGUAAGCUGAAAGCACACUGCUAUUGUUGUAGCUUGUUGAAUUACAUGUGCAGUUAUCUAGAUGCUAAAAAAAGAAUCCACAGAAGCUGAAGACUGGUUAAUUAAUAAAGCAGCAAAAUAUAGCUUUUUGGAACUUUUUUUUUUUUAAACUAUGCUAAGUAAUUGCUGUAAUGUUAGAACUUUUUUUUUUUUCCUGUGCCAGCACUUAAUUGCUCCAUUUGUAUAAAUUGGAUCAGAACUGGCAGCAUAGUAAAGCCCCCUUAAUUGUAUUGUUGAUUAAUAGAUUAAUAGUUUGUUGUUAGUAAAAAUGUUUGAACCUGCAGUCAGCAUUUUAUUAAGAGAUACUGUAGAUAUUGCACACUUAUGAUUAUUGUUUAUAUUUAUUCAUUGAAUUUGUCUUUUAGACAACUGCUUAGCAGGUCAUUAUUGCACAUCGAGCCCAACUCAGAUGAGUGCCGUGUCUUUAUGAAUAGCUCAAAAUACAAAAUAGCUCACAUCAAAAUAACCACCAGAUGUUAAUUUUUUUUUCCCCUUUGAUGUUGGUAAUAUUUUAUAGAGUAAAGGCAGAUUUUGAAGUAUAUGCACUUCUCUUUCAUGAUCUUUCAUUUUUCCUCAUAUUUUGUUUCAUUUUUUGCAUAUCUGGACAACAGCUACCACGGAUGCUUCCGGAGGUAAACUUAAUCCCGUCUGUCACAUGCUUCCUCUUUGUGGUGUUCUUCAGAUUCUGUACAGAUUGAGUAUCAUAGCCAUGUAGAACAUCCAUCAGUUAAUUUUGGGAAUAUGCAUGUGGUGUAAAAGUGACAGCCAUGCGGUGACUUGCUCGGCAACAGUGACGGCUACAUCUCAGGUCUUCUAUUCACUUGGCUUGUAUGGUAGGAGAUGGUGUCUUUUAUGCAGGACAUUGCAAUUGUCCUGCUUGUGCCUUUAUGUUUCUGCCAUGUUUGAGUUUUUGUUGCCCCAUCCAUUUGAGAAAGCAUCCUAACUCACUUAGUUGAUUUGUAGAUUUUAGGUUUGUUUGGCUCAUGUAUUGUAAUUGCUGACUCUGGGUUGAGUUUUUAGAAAAAGAAAAAAAAGGCAAAUUGUCUGGCCUUAAUUAUGAGUUUGACAGCAACUUACUACAGCUUAUUCCAAGUUUACUUUGUACUAGUUUAAUUUCAACUUGAUAUGGAGUUGUUAGACAAUAAUUGCAGUAUUUUCAGGUAGACGUACUAGAUUCUGGUUCCUUUUGCAGAAGAAUGCAUAUUUAAUGAUCAUUUUAAUAUUCCUGUAAUGCCCUUAUAAUUUUACUAUGGUAAGAAAAUAAAUGUUAUGUUAACGGAACAUUUCAGAAAGAUAAGCAAUAUACUCUUUUAAGUAAAAAAAAAAAAUCAUGACCAGAAAAAUUUUUAAGAAAUGCUCAAGAAUAGAUCCAUGCGCUAAUCAUAAAGGUUACAUGUGUCCAAAAAUUGAUUUUCGAAUUUCGAACAGCUUGUGUCAUGCUUAAUUUUUCCCAUGGAUGACUUUGAUACAUCCUGCCAAAUAUGGCUGGUGCUUGUUUAUGUGUAGUAUAACUGUUACAUUGAAUACUACAUGAACAUGGAGUGUCUGUGUAUUUUUAACUGACUCAAACAUAUUGAGAUUUUUAUUUAUAUUUUUUUUCUCCCCGAUGGUUUGUACAUUCUAAAUCUAUAAAUAAAAAACUGCCAGUGAUGUGAUACUCAGAUACCCUAUUUGUCCUUUUUUCCACCCUGUUUAUCAUGUGCUUUGAGCAUUUAUAAUAUCCAGAAUCAUGAAUAAGUAUAUAACCAUAGAUCUAAAAUGGUUUCUCAGAUAUAAACUAUGUAUUGAUAUAAAUUCCUUUUUACAUUCUGUAGCCCAAAGUGUUGUCAACUUGCUAAUUGCCUUUCAAAAAUAUAUCCAAUUUUCUUUAAGGUUUUUUUUUAUUUUUAUUAUUAUUAUAACUGUGAGAAUUUAGUUUCAUUAGUAUUUGAAUGUAUGACUUUUGGCAAUAAAGGUUUAGUUGGUAGAUACUUUUCUUAUAUUUGCCUGUUUCUUAAGACAGGCUUUAACGUGAAUGCAUAAAAGGCAGCUUGAUUAUCAUUCAGAAAUAGGCACAGUCUGGGGAUGUUAAGGGAAAGAAUGAACUGGUUUCUUUGAUCCAUGUGAAUGAAUUUGACAAUUUGGGGUCUAAGGAAAUGAAUAAAGCCAAAAAGAUAGUAUUGCUACUGUAUAUUUUAAAAAGUGACUGUUAGUCACCUUAUUACAUAAAUACCUCAUUGUCUGUUUUAAAAUUGGAAAAUUCAAACAGUCCUUGGUUGUCUUAACUUUUGACAUGUUUUGUCUGAGCCAGUUUUUUUUUUUUUUUUAAUUUAGUCAAGGAACAGGUUUUAUACUUGUAAUGUUUAUCCAAUGACUGUCAGCUUCUACUGUGGUGAUUUUUACUUUUUUUUUUUUUUUGUCUACAUUGGCAAAGGCUGUGAAUGUGACAUCCUUGUUGAAUUUGGCCAGUAAAUCAGUAUAUUGUAGCAACAUCAUCUGCCUGACCUUCACCUGGGUAGAAAGUCUUGUUUGCCUUAAUGCAGAUCCUCUAAACACAAAGUAGGGGUUGGAUUUAGAUUAGCAAAUGGGUGUUGAAUCGUUGACCCCUGUCAGAGAUCAGUCCUGACUAUUUGGCACAGAACAGCACUUCAAACAAUGUUUUAGAUACCAAUCUUCCAGAGCAGCUCAAGGAAGUUGAGGUGUUUGUGCAUUUGAUAUAAGUUAGUAUAACCAGUACAAAAAAAGAAAAUUGGAACCCACUGAUUUCAUAAUACACAAGACAAAUUUAAAUGCAAAAGGAACAUUUAAUCCAGUUUAAGGACACUGUUUUUCUAUUAAAUAACCUGGGAAACAAAAUUUUGUACAUUUUGAUGCUUGACAUUUUUAAAAGUGUAUUUCAUUUUCUUUAAACAAUAGUUAUGGACUUUUGUUUACAUACACUUUUGGGAGAUAUUUUUUUAAAUAAAGCUUAUACAUUUUUCAAAUGAUACAAUUUAGGUUGAAGAGUGAGGCACUUGCUGUUCAGCUCUGUCUAGACUUGUGAAAAUAGUGGGUUUUUUUUUAUAAGAAUUUUGUAGAGGAGAUCUAAGCUAGAGUGCUAAACAUUCUAAAUGUCUUAGCAGGUUUGUAUUAAAUUGUGAAGUGUGCCGAUUUCUCUUACCGGUUGUUGUUCAGCCCAAGUACUUGGUUAAUAACGUCUGAUAUUUUAGCUUUGAUUGUCUUUACAUGAAUGGUACAGAUUUUUAAACAUUGUUACUGUUAUCACUCAGGAGCCCAUAUUGUUUCCUAGAAAUGUUUCAGAUAUGCAGUUUUUGUCUUGUCUUUUUUUUAUGCAUGGUAUCUAAAAUAUUGAAAUACAGAAAAUGUAACACUGACUUUUUAAAAAUAAAAAGGUGUGGGGUGUUAAUCAAAUUCAGCAAGUCAAGUCAGAUUUUAUUUGUCACAUACCAAUUAUGCAUACUAUAAUAUGUGCUCAAAUGCUUUGUUUUAAACUGCUUUUACUCUGUGUUUACAUCCUUGAUUGAAUUUGAAUUGCUGACUCUGAUUUAUCAUUGGAAUAUUUUCUCUGUUAGCAAGUUUUGGUAUGUCAAAAAUGCCCCGUCUAAUUUUAAAUUGUAUUGAAUCAUUUUAAUAAAUCAAUUGCUCUUAAAAUAAAAAUGACACAUUCAAUUAUAGUGGGAAUUAUAGUAAGAGGAUGGCAGCCAGUUAGUGUUACAGAGCAUAAAUCAAUCAUAAAGAAUUGUAUGUAGAUAAUUGAUUAUAUUAUCUCUAUCUGAAAGCCAUACAAGUCUUUUAUAACUUAUUCAGUGACUCUAGGCUGUGUUUUGGCUUUCCUGCAUUUGUCUUCUACUUAUGUACCAUAAGCAAUAGUAUGGGGUUACUGUCAGCUUGGGCAUUUGAAGCAAACAUGCUUAUCUAUCAUGUGUCAAAUAUGGAGAAAAAAUUGGCGGUGACCCACAAAAAUGUUAUUUUUUUUCACUAGGUCAAAGGAAAGUGGUAAAUCCUCAUUACAUUAACCUAAAUUCGUAUCAUUAUACUUUCUGAGGAGCGACCGGGUUAUUGGAUAUGCAUGCCAUUAUUAUAAUUUUUCAUUUCUUUGUAACAUACAUUUGACUGGAAAAUUUUUGUACACAAUAAAUGUUUUACAUAUGAA